CUCUGGUUUACAGGUAGCUAUUGUCCACAGCCUCUCUGACUUCUCUUGCAAGGAGAGGACAGAGCAGUAAGCACCAGAUGACCUGAGCUGUUUUAUCUGUGCCAGCACAUCUUCUGCCUUCACUUAGUGUGAAAGCCUUUGGCUCUCACUGAGGGUCACUGUGCAGUUUCCCAUUAAAAGACUCACGGCAUUUACUGAUUUUUGUCAGAAUUCAACGGCUGCCAGCACUAACAGUGAAGGGAAUUUUGCCUUCUCAGAUGAUGCACUCACAUGUCCUUUGCAUAAAUAGGUGGUUAGUCAGCCAGAUAGAGUAAGAGCAGUCCACCCACCAAAACUUGUUAUUCCUCAACUCCUUGCCUUUUUUAUUCCACCGUUUCAAAGUGCAAAUGCUGAAGGAAGACUGAACUAUUCAGCCACCUGUGCAUUGUGGUAGGAACAGCACAACUCCCCCCGCCCUGGUGCAUGCCGUGCAAAAGGUCCAAAUUUAAAAAAAAUAAAAUAGAGAGAAAAUGCUUGAUGAGACUGUUGGCACGAACGUCAGGCAGCUUCCCCAGGGAGCGGGAGCCGCUAUCUGCCGCGCUGGCCGCCGCCUGCCCCCCGCUGGCCCCGGAGCCGUGACAACCCCCGUGACCUCCCGUGUGCGGCGGGGUCGGGGCCGCCGGGAGCCCCCGGGCAGCUCCGCGGGCGGAGGCGCGGCCGGUGCUGGCUCGGUGCCCUCCUGCCUCGCCUGAACCUUUCAUGAACCGCUUGCCCCGCAGCCUCCCCGGGCCGGGCCGGCCCCACCUCACCCCACCCAGAGCUCCCAUUGGCCCCCGAUGAAAGUCCAGCGAGCCUCCCGGCUGCUAUAUAUAUACAUAUAUGAGGAUGGGUGUCUGUCACCGCAGCGAUGGCAGCCUGCAGCAUCUUCCUCCGGCACCCCGCCCUCACCUGCUGCCGCGCCGCCGUGAGCCCCGUCGGGCGCCGAGCCCCCGCGCAGAGGUUACGAGCCUCGUCCCUCAGCGCCCUGCGGCCGGCGGCGCCCCCCGCUCCUCGGGGCCGCGGACACCCCCUGGCCGCGCUGCCCGGCCCCCCCAGCUGGCCGCUCAUGGGCAGCUUGCCCGACGUCCUCUGGAAGGGGGGGCUCAAGAGGCAGCAUGAGACGCUGGCUGAGUACCACAGGAGGUUCGGGAAGAUCUUCCGCAUGAAGCUGGGGGCUUUCGACUCGGUGCACAUCGGAGCCCCCUGCCUCCUAGAAGCCCUGUACCGCCGGGAGAGCGCCUGCCCCCAGCGCUUGGAGAUCAAGCCCUGGAAAGCCUAUCGGGACUAUCGCGACGAGGGCUACGGGCUGCUGAUCCUGGAAGGAAAGGACUGGCAGAGGGUAAGAAGCGCCUUUCAAAAGAAAUUAAUGAAACCCAGGGAAGUUGCGAAACUGGACAGCACGAUCAAUGAGGUCCUAGAGGACUUCAUGCACAGAAUAGAUGACAUUUGUAACCACAGUGGACAAAUAGAAGAUGUCUAUUCAGAAUUCAACAAAUGGUCCUUUGAAAGUAUCUGCCUGGUGCUGUAUGGAAGAAGGUUUGGUCUCCUACAGCAGGAUGUAGAGGAAGAAAGUUUGAACUUCAUCAAGGCUGUAAAAACGAUGAUGGCUACUUUUGGAAUGAUGAUGGUGACCCCUGUGGAACUCCACAAGAGUCUGAACACAAAAGUCUGGCAAGCUCAUACUAAAGCAUGGGAUGAUAUAUUUAAAACAGCCAAGCACUCAAUUGACUGUCGGUUGGAAAAACACUCUGCAAACCCUCGGGAGGAUUUCCUGUGCGACAUCUACUCUGGGGGACAACUGUCCAAGAAGGAGCUGUAUGCGGCCAUCGCGGAGCUCCAGAUCGCCGGCGUUGAAACGACGGCCAAUAGUUUACUGUGGGCUUUGUAUAACAUUUCGCGCAAUCCACAUGUUCAGCAGAAGCUUUUCCAGGAAAUACAGAGUGUUUUGGCUGCUAAUGAGAGUCCAAGUGCUGAGAACCUGAAGAAUAUGCCUUACCUAAAAGCAUGUCUGAAAGAAUCCAUGAGAUUGACACCCUCGGUGCCAUUUACCACUCGCACCAUCGACACAGAAGUGGUUCUGGGAGAUUAUGUACUGCCCAAAGGGACCGUGCUGAUGAUAAAUAGCCAUGCCCUGGGUUGCAACGAAGAGUACUUCAGCGGCUGGACUCAGUUUAAACCAGAGCGCUGGUUUCAGAAGAAUUUAAUAAACCCUUUCUCCCAUGUUCCAUUUGGCAUUGGGAAGAGGAUGUGCAUCGGGCGCCGCGUAGCAGAGCUGCAGCUUCACUUGGCCCUUUGCUGGCUCAUCCGCAAAUACCAAAUUGUAGCAACUGACAACAAACCAGUAGAAACGCUCCACUCAGGAAUCCUGAUUCCCAGCCGGGAGCUUCCCAUUGCCUUUCACAGGAGAUAAGCACAGCUCGCAGAAAACAGAUGACAAUCCUACUGCUGCCUUCUCUGGAAAUACAUGCAUUGACUGGGAAAGCCAAAGCCUACGGUAACCAGUGGAGAAACUGCAACACACGUCCCUGGAACAAUUGCUAAGCCAGAAAUAGUAUCAACAAAAGCUCCCAUACUGUUUUAUUGGAAAAUGUGGUUAGUUACUUCAGUUGUAGUUAGCAAUGUUAAGAGAAAAGAAAAAUACCAUGCACCUUCAUACACCUAUGCAAAAUACUGAUUUAGUGCAGCUGAGGGACUGUGUGGGAUAGAGCUGGAUAACGAGCUGUGGAGUGUUAUGUGUGGUUCUUCUUAGCACACGGUGAAGUUAUUAUAAGCUCAGGCUGUUCAACAGGCUGGCUUGGAAAGAGCUGGUUUCCAGUUUGUGGGUAUCAUAUAGGACACCUGGGGGAACAACGGUCACACUGAACUGGUCCUGUUAGCUCAGAGCUGAAGAGUUUUGAGGAGUCAGCUCAACAAGAAAUUUGCUUAGUCCUUAUGAAAUCACCAAUGUCAUGAAUUAAACUGAGAAGUUAAAACACUAACAACAGGGCUUAAAAAUCAGGAUGUUAUCUUAAUAGAAGGGAAAUAAGGACAAAGCUAUGUAACAGGACUUAUUCUUCAUGCCUGCACAGUACAUUGACUUGGACAGUUCCAACACUGUCCCUGCCACAUACCCUGCUCUUUUCAAUAGAGGAUUUCAAGGCUCCAGCUCCCACACAAGCCAUUUUUAUCACACCUUCUUUAUAAAACUUUAGUGGCCUUUCAUUGCAUGAGAGGCCUUAUCCGUAAAUAGAAUCACUGGAAUCCUAUGGGUUCUGCCGCUGUUAAAUGAUGAUUAUCCUAACAGGAUAGUUACUUAAUCAGAUAAAUAAUAUUAAAUGUAUGUUUCAAAAAACACAGGAAAUAAGGACCCUAAAUGUUUCAAAGAGGUCUGUUUCUUAUGGAGAUUUCAAUACCUGUAUCUAAAGGUUAAAGUUGUCACUGCCCAGCAUGAAACACCGUGUUAGCUAUUACAGUCACUAGUGUAUUUUUCCCAUGAUGCAGUUUCAAGUACAGGUUUAUAUAUAUAACCACUAAUGGUUAUUUUUAUUUGUUUACACUCUGAAAUGAUACAAGUUGUUAGCAUUUGUUGAUCUGUCUCCUACAGUUCUUUUUGUUUUCCUCUGCUGUUAUACUCAGACAUGUAAAUGUAGCCAUAUUACAAUGUGUCAAGCAAUUUGUGCACCAUUUGAAUCUUUCCAGUCAAUUUGGUAAUGGUCAAUUUUCUAAUAAAGUAAAGAUAUUUUUUUUCUAUAAA